UAAGAGAGAGAGAAUGUCAUUGCUGUUUUUCUUACCACGUUGGUAGGUAGGGGCCCUGCUGGAUCAGUCUGAAGGCCCAUCUAGCCCAGCAUCCUGUUCCCAACAGGGUGGAAGCCUGCAAGUGGGACACCCAAGCUUCCCAGCAACUGGUAUUCAGUGGCUCUGAACUUGGAGGUGGCAGAUAGCCAUCAUGGUCACGAUUGAUAAACUUCUCCUUUGUGAAUGUGGCUAGCUCCCUUUAAAGCCACCUGAGCUAGUGACCCCCACAUUUGGUGGUGGCAGCAAAUCCCACAAGCGAAUUGUGAGUUGUGUGAAGAAGUACUUUCUUUUGGCUGUCCAGAAUCUCCUGCUAAUCAAUUUCAUUGGAUAACCAGCACAUUCUAGAUUUACAUGAGGAGAAAUACGCUUCUAUAUCCACUUUCUCUUCACUACGCUUCGUUUUAUAAACCUCUGUGGUGAUGACCACUAGCUUGGAUGGCUUUAAAAGGGGCUUAGACAAAGUCAUGGAGGGCAGGUCUAUCAAUGGCUACUAGUCUGGUGGCUAUAGGCCACCUCCAGCCUUGGAGGCAAGUUGCAGGGGAUACUAGUUGCAGGGGAGCAACAGCAGGAGAGAGGGCAUGCCCUCACCUCUUGCCUGUGGACUUCUCAGAGGCAUCUGGUGGGCCACUGUGUGAAACAGGAUGCUGGACUAGAUAGGCCUUGGGCCUGAUCCAGCUGGGCUGUUCUUAUGGUGUGUGUCACUUCUCUUUACUCCUCAUGGCAAAAUUCUCAGCUCUGGGGAAAGUCCAGGUACCCUGAACUGCCUGAUUGACUAUGUACACUGACCAAUUUUAGGUACGGUCAUAGCGGGACAUAUUUUAUUCUACAUUUAUUUAUUUUUCACCUUUUUUCCAUCAUGGAACUCAAGGUAGGAUACAUGGGAUUCAGAAGCAGUUUCUUCUUCAGACUCAGACCUGCUUGGCUUCAGCAUGGUGACUUCAUUGUGCCUUUAGACUAUGCCCUGGGAUAUGAAUGCCUCCCUCUGCAUCGCCCUCUUGUUAAACAAAAUGACUUGUCAUUUCUCUGUAUGCCCUGCCAGAAUGCAUUCACAAUGAUUGUGUAGUGUGACAGUGGAAAAUUACAAUUCCCUAAAAAGACUGUGUGGCUUGUAUUAGAUUUAAUGCAGAACCAGCUUUCCUGGUAAUCUGGUAUUAAACCUGAUUUAAUACAGAACCAUGGUUCCUUUUCAGACUCCUGGGUCUUCUUAAUGUAGCCUUCCUUAGUUAUGUGCUGUUCAUGCUAACAUUAUGUCUAUAAGCUUGCACAGGGAAGUGCGUUAACAAGUACUGAGAACUAGUAUGAUGUAGUAGUUAGUGUUUUGGACUUAGAGCUGGGUUCAAAUCCUCACUCAGACAUGUGUGGUACUUUGGCCCAGUCACUCUCUGCCUAGUCCAUUUCACUGGUUUGUUAUGAGGACGAAGGGUGAGUGUGGCGAUCAUGUAUACCAACCUGAACUCCUUGGAGGAAGGGUGAGGUAAAAAUGCAAAUAAAAAAAUGAGCUGCAAGUUCGCAGUUCAAAUUUGAAUCCAGCCAUGAAAUAACUAAACAGCCUUAGGCAAGCCACUAUUUCUUAGCCUUGGCCCACCUGCAAUAUUUAUUAUUUAUUUUAAUUAUUUCAUUUAUUUGAUUUAUAUACCUUCCAAAAAUGGUUGAGAUUAUGAUCAAUAAUUGUGUCAGCCUACCUUUCAGGACUGUUGUAAAGCUUAAAGCUAAAGUGUGCUGUCAAGUCGAUUUUGACUCCUGGUGCCCACAGAGCCCUGUGAUUUUCUUUGGUAGAAUACAGGAGGGGUUGACCACUGCCGCCUCCUGCGCAGUAUGAGAUGAUGCCUUUCAGCACCUUCCUAUAUUGCUGCUGCCCGAUAUAGUACCAGUGGGGAUUCAAACUGGCAACCUUCUGCUUGUUAGUCAAGCAUUUCCCCGCUGCGCCACUGAGAUGAUAAAGUGCUUUAGCAUUUAUAAGCAUUAUCAAUAAUGAACUUGAGUUUAUUUUAGUUUCUAAAAAUCAGAUUGUUGAUCAGAGUUCGGUCCCAUGACUCAAGUUCAUUAUCCCUUAUAAAUUACAUUCAGGGACAUCUUUAGUCUAGAUUACAGUGCUGGGUGUGAUAUUUGGCAUCUAUAUUUUUUUAAGGGAAUCUCCUGACCACCACUAUUCACAUGAACAUUUUAGGCUCAAGUGAUGGUUUGGGAAGAAAGCCAAGAAAUGAAGAAGGGAGUCAAGAGAGGAACUCCCCUAGUCGAUCAUUUCUUGUUUUAUUUUCAUUUAGUGCCUUCCUCCCUCAUGCCUUCCUCUUCCUCUUGCCCUCUUUCUGACAAACCAUUACCAGAACUCGGCAGAGAGGAAAAAAUUAGGGGAGAGGGAAGCCAACUGAAUUGUGCAAAAUGAGCAAACCGAUGUCAGAAUAUUUACUAGCAUCUUCUUGUUCAGAGCACAGAUUUUGGACAAGCUUGACUUCCACUAGCCAGCGGCUCAAGUCUGUAUCCACAGCACAAUCAAGACUAUUGCCCUGCAGGACUGAAUGCUCUGGUGUAGUGAACAAUGGAAUCCAAAUAUGAGAGCUGUUUAUCUAUAUUCUCCACCCAGGGGAGCCCUUUCUUAAACGCCUCUAGUCCCCGGAGCCAUUACCAUCCCUCCCAAGCCCAGCCGCUGAUCCAGGAGCAGCAACACACGGCUCUGAGCCCAUCUCGUUUACAACAAAGGAAGAUCCCUAAAUCUCCCAAGAAAGCAGAAACCUUGAGCCCCUCACGUCUGAGUUUCCUGCCCGACUCUGGCAACCACAGGGUGAAGACUCCCAGCUCAGAUUCCACAAGCCCCUUCAAUGAAUCGUGGCCCUCAACUGAGCACAGUUCUUCCUCCUUGACCCCUGAGGGGGCAAAGGCACUUCCCUCCAUACAGGCAUCAGGGACCAAGACGCUGGCCUCACGAAGAUCCCCGGAAUCUGUCCUGGACAGCGAAUCGGUUAUUGCCAAGUACAUUGAGCGAUUCCGUUAUGGGCAGCCUACUAACCGUAGGGAGCGCUGGACACCCCACGGCCAUUCUGCUCAGUUCUGGUGGUUUGGUCAUUCGCUUUCUCCUGAAGGCAACACAUUAAAAAAGGAAGCAUCGCCGUCUUCAGACAAUGGCCAAGGUGAAGCGCAGCCGUCGUCUUUCAGUCCUCUGCUGGACCGGUCUCCCUCUGGAGAAUCCCAGGACACUUCUACCUUGGACCCCGAGACUGUGAACUUGCAGGAGAGAGCAGCCAGGCUCUUGCAGAGAAGUGCGUCCCCCACGAGCAGCUCCAGGCAGGUGAGCUCUGAAGGCCUUAGCUCCACCUCCACCCUCACAAAUGCUGAUGCAGAUCUGGUUGGGCGUGCCCCACAGCACCUUGUGGGGCACCAGAGCAAAGGUAGCCUGGGCACUUUCCCUUACCAUAUAACUCAGCUGUCCCAGUCCUGCUCUUCUUUGAAACAAGAGGAUGACAUCUUAUUCCAGUGGCGCCUGCGGCGGAAGAUGGAGGAAGCGAGCAAGGCUGCUGCUAUGCUGCCCCCUGUAACUUGGAGGAAUCAAUGUUCUCAGCCAACCUGUGUUCCCAAUAUGAUGGAAGGAGCAGCUCUGAAGUUGCCAGAACUCACCGUGUGGAGGAGCAAUGUUGGAAGAACGCUGCCAACAUCUGAAGCCCAGCUGGAUGUGAAAACCAUUGAUAAACAUCCCUGCUGCUGCACAGGCCCUAUGAGAAAUGACCCAAGCUCUGGGCAUCCCACUGAAACGGCUCUGUUCCGUACCAGCAACCCGGCCGUUAGAAGUCCUGAACCAACUGGAGAGCAGGAACCAGCCCCCCAAGGGGAUCCUAUUUCUGUGUACCCCGACUCUCUUCUUCCGCCAAGGCCUUCAGAGACCAGCAGGCCUCUGGACCAGAGCACUUUGCCCCAUGCGCAAAGGGCAGUGCAGCCUGUAGAGCAACUGCACUCUGAACCCAGAGGACCCCUGAGGCCAUUCCAAGUGGAGCGGAGCAGAGCAAAACCAGCCCGAGCCGUGGGAGAGCCACCAGCCAGCCCCCACCAACAUCCUGUUCAGCAUGUCUUAGGCGAGGUGAUUGCUGAAAGACUUUUCUCCCCACCUGAAUCUCCAGCUCUCCAUAGGGAUAAACAGAAGAGGAGGAGUGCAAAGAAUCGGGGCCAGGAGGAGGUUCUGCCAGAGACCGUUGCCACUCCCUCACAUCCCCAGCUCCUGAGCAUGGCUGCUCAGCUCCUUGAGCAGGCUGAAGACUCUGAUGGCACAGAGUUCGAGGACGAUCCCUUGUUGCAAGUGCUGAGGGGCCAGAGAGAUUUGCUGCGCAGUCAGUUAUGGGCUGUGGAUGUCCGGGUGACUCAGCUAGAACGUUCCCAUUCUGAUCAGAACUUUUCCUGUCCAUGAUGAGUCUCCUGCAUGGUCAUCUCUGCACCUGAAGUGUGCUUGAGGUCCCUUUCCAGCUGGCUCUGGGGCGUGAUGGCAGUGGACUGUUGCAGGCACCCCUAGUGCAACUGGCAUUCAGUGGUAUUUGGGGAGAGAUUCUUGUUGAUGCUGACACCCUUCUUGUAGGGUUGGGCUGCCUGCACCUAACAAGCUGGUGUAUUCAUGGGAGCCAAUUGGGUAUGCAGAGUGGCCAAGCACUGACAGCUAGGGAUGUCCCCAGUGCAUCCGCGGUGUCCUGUUUCCAUGGUUUCUUCGUAUAUUUUUGUGCCGGGAUUAAAAUAAAAGUGUAUUUUUGGAUAAAAAA